GUGUGUGGUUAAACCACCUGUGCCAUUGAACCGUCCUGAUCGGCGUGAUCUUUUUGGCUCAUUGGCAAGUACUUACUGUAUCUAUCAGUUGAUCUAUUGAUGCUGUGGCCGAAACCUAUGCACGGGCGACGGAACUUUAUGAACUUGUAUCAGAAGGAGAUCGGUCCUGUACUUAUACCCCAGAUUCAUUGGCCAUUCGACGUGUCACUUGGAAUCAUACUCUCUUCGAACGAACAAUGAUGCCAUCACCUCACAACAUUGAAUUCAAAAUUCCACUCAAGGAGAUCCCAGAGGCGGAACUCAAGAGAACUCAGAAUUCUCCCAAUCACACUGGCGGUUUUGGUGACGUCUGGAAAUGCAGCUGGUCCACUUCCUCCAGGAAUCGUCCAGUCACAGUUGCGAUCAAGGUAGUGAGGGUCACUGACUCGAACCAAACGGUACUGUUAGACAAGACGGCCUGGGAUAUACGACGUGAGGCCUACGUCUGGGCCAACUUGAAAGACGACCAUGUUAUCUCGCUUCACGGAAUCACAAGUGGUUUCGGAAUUUUACCAGCUUUUGUUUCGUCGUGGAUGACAAAAGGAUCUCUUGAGGGCUACCUGAAACAGCACACCACUCUUGCAACGGUCCGGAAGCUGGACAUGUCUCGGCAGAUAGCAUCCGGCCUCAAGUAUUUGCAUGAGAGCGGCAUUGUCCACGGCGACUUAACACCUAUGAAUGUACUCAUUAAUGGCUAUGAUAAGCUAUGCCUCGCAGACUUCGGUCUCUCGAUGGUUCUUGCGGAAUCAGGAAACCCCACAUUCAACUCCUGCCACGGGGGCAAUGUACGGUGGAUGGCUCCGGAAAUGUUUGCCGUACCUGAGGACGGGAUGCCCACAAAACCGACAAAGCCCGCAGAUGUAUAUUCGUGCGGCUGUAUCAUGCUCCAGCUAUUUUCUGGGCAAAAACCUUACUUCCCGCUGAGGGAUGCAUAUCACAUUAUCGCGGCGAGGAUCGGAGGGAUGGCGCCCUUCCGCCAGCUCACCGACAUUGACGAAGGUCAUACGCAGUAUUUGCUAAGAUGUCUGUCCGUUAAUUUCAAUGCUCGACCUAAAGCCCAGGAAAUUGUGGCAUUUAUAAAGGCCGAGCUGCAGAAGCUUUGAUGACGAGUUUAACCAAGGGUCCUUUUCAUAUAACGUCUAAUGAAUACUUUCGUCUAAUACCGUUGGUACUGCACACACUUUUCAGGGACUGUACUUAGCACACUGCUUUCAAGUUUAUUUUUGAAGUCUAUCGGAUCUUGUCUUUCCAAACACGCGCGCCCGCCGUCAAGUGUGACGCUCAGAAU